AUGACGGGCUUCCAGAACCAGGUACUCAGCGCCGCAACAGCAGGCUUCCUUGCUCACUGGUGCUAUUUUGUCCACGGCGAACAUGAUUUGCAAGCAGCGCACAUCGCGCAGACACACAUUGUUCUUUGCAUUCUCGUCGCCGGUGCAAAGGGUUACGUUGAGGGUCUCACCUUCAGCAAUGCCUGCCGUGAAACCAUGACGCUGGCCGCGAUCUACGUUGGGAUCAUGAUGACGAGCAUUGCCGUAUAUCGAUUGUUCUUCUCGCCGCUCAGGAGGUUUCCUGGGUCCUUCUCUUGGAAGCUAUCUAAGCUGUCUCACGUGUGGAGCAUGACGAAGCCUGACAACUUCAAGGUCUUGGAGAGAGAGCGUCAAAAGUAUGGAGAUAUCGUAAGGACUGGUCCCAAUGAGAUCACCCUCUUCACGGUGGAAGCCUUCCACCAGGUCUACAACUCUCAGUCGAACUGCACCAAGUCCCCAUAUUAUGAUCUGCUACAGCCUAUGGAGUCACUUGACACAACCAGAGAUCCUGCUAUGCACACUAGAAGGCGCAAAAUCUGGGACCAGUUUUUCAGCGUCAGAUGCAAGCCGACCCCAGCCCUUUCCUUAGAAAAGCAGGAAGGUCUGGUCUACUCCUACGGAGACAAGCUCGUGGCGGCCAUUGAGAAGCGCGUGAACGAGCCUCUUGACGUUUCAGACUGGUUUGAAUAUUAUACCUUCGACUUGAUGGGCCAGUUUGGUAUGGGCUUUGACUUCGGGCUUCUAGAAGGCCAACCGAAUGACAUCCACCACUUAUACCACAUCGCUCAUCGGAAUCUUGGACCCAUCGGUGCUGCUCCGUGGAUGAAGCACCUUAUGAUGUCGAUACCUUAUAUCGAACGACUCCGGAGUUAUAGGUUGUUCUUACAGUGGACAACAAAUCUACUGCAGAACAAGAUUGAGUCAAAAUCCGAAAUCAAAGAUGUUCUCGGCUAUGUCGUCGAAGAUGCACGACGAAACGGCGGCUUCCAAGCCGAGUGGCGGUUCAUGAUGGGAGAUCUCGCACUACUCAUUGCAGCAGGAAGUGACCCAAUGCGUCUAGCCCUUACAAACAUCUUCUACUACCUGGUCGUCUAUCCAGAGCACCUACGCCAGGUUCGCAACGAGCUCGCCCAAAUCGACUGGCGCGACUACAAGGCCCUAGCCCGUCUCGACCACUUGUCAGCCGUCAUCUACGAGACGCUUCGACUGAACCCACCCGUACCAGCGGCCGGGCUCCGCAUCACCCCACCGGAAGGCCUCACCCUCAGCACCGCUCACAUUCCCGGGGGAACGACAGUGUUGGUGCCGCAGUACAGUCUAUUCCGAGGUAAGUACGCGCUAGCACCACCGAAUCGCUUGUCGGCCAGUCUUUUCCAACCCCCUAACCUUUGCACGGCGUCAUUGAAUGAAGAGCUGACGCGCUUGUCUGUCUCAGACCCGCGCAACUUCGCACAGCCGAACGACUUCCUUCCCGAGCGUUUCACCACCCGGCCGGAGCUCAUCCUCGACGAGGAUGCGUACAUGCCGUGGAGUGCUGGGAAGGGCCAGUGCAUCGGCAAAAAGCUCUCGUUGCUGGAGAUCCGAGUCGCGGUCGCCGCGGUCGUGACGAGGUUCGAUGUUGGCUUCGCACCGGGUGAAGAUGGUACGCGCAUGUUUGCGGAGACGGUUGAUUACUUUACCAGUACGCCGGGACCGCUGCGGCUGGUGUUUAAGGAGCGCGAAGCGAAGCGGGAGGCUAUGUAG